GGGUGAGCGUUGAAGGCGGCCAGCAGGAGAGGAGGGGAGGGGUGGCCGGCAGCAGCCUGGCCGCCCUUGUCUCUCCCGGGGAGGCCAGAACCGGCUGGGCCUGGGUGCAGCCCCCCUGCCCAGGCCUUGGCCUCCUAGCCCGGCAGAGCCGCCUCCCAGCCUGCCCCUGGGGAGGGGCCACCUGGUGUCAAUUAAACCCCAGCCACUCGGCCGCACCACGCCAGGCAGCUGAUUAGUGCUGCUGGCCUCUCCAGAUGGGGAGCCCUGCCUGAGAGGGGGCGGCCACCACCACGCCAGGGGGAGGCUCGCCGGAGCCGCUCAGGAAGCCCCAGAUCUGAUCUGCAUCUAGUGGGCUGGCGAUGCCCAGAGAAGAGUCCACACUAGCAUGCGUCACCUCUAGACACAUCUAGACACAUCCACCAGACACUUCUCCCCAGUCCGCCUGGCCUGUCGCUUAGGGACACGUCCCACUGCUUCUCCUGACGUCUGCCUGAUCAACCAUCGCUUCCUUAGAGAACAGGGAAGGAGGCAGACGCAUGAGAUCAUGCCACCGACGGCCGAACAGCAAUGAGUGGAUGACGCCGAGUUGACGUCAAAGACAGAGAAGACCAAAGCCCCAGAGCAGCUCGCUCUCCAGGCUCCUGCAGCCCCUGCAGCACCGGCCCCCAGCUCCUUCUCUUUGCACAGCCUGAAGCCUGGCUCCUCCUGCUGAAACGGUCUUGGCUUGACAUAUUUGGAGGUCGUCAGACCUUUGGACACUGGAUGCCAUGGAGAAUCACAUGUUUAGUGUUCAACAAAUCCAACCCAAUGUCAUCUCCGUCCGCCUCUUCAAGCGCAAAGUGGGGGGCCUGGGAUUCUUGGUGAAGGAGCGGGUGAGCAAGCCGCCCGUGAUCAUCUCAGACCUGAUUCGAGGGGGUGCCGCGGAGCAGAGCGGCCUCAUCCAGGCUGGAGACAUCAUUCUUGCUGUCAAUGGCCAGCCCCUGGUGGACCUGAGCUAUGACAGCGCGCUGGAGGUCCUCAGGGGCAUUGCCUCCGAGACCCACGUGGUCCUCAUUCUGAGGGGUCCUGAGGGCUUCACCACGCACCUGGAGACCACCUUCACUGGAGACGGGACCCCUAAGACCAUCCGUGUGACACGGCCCCUGGGUCCCCCCACUGCAGCCAUCGAUCUGUCCCACCAGCCAUCGGCCAGCAAGGAGCAGCCACUCACCGUGGAUGGGGCCACAGGUCCUGGCAAUGGGCCACAGCAUGCCCAAGACAAUAGACAGGAAGCUGGCUCGCUCUGCCACACCAACGGCCUGGCUCCCAGGCCCUCAAGCCAGGAGCCUGCCAAGAAAAGUGCCGGGAUCGCCCUCCAGGGCAGCGGGAAGAACAAUGAACUGCUCAGAGAGAUAGAGCCUGUGCUGAGCCUUCUCGCCAGUGGGGGCAAAGGCAUCAAUGGAGGGGGACCUGCCAAGAUGGAGACAAAAGAUGCAGAAGUCCAGGUUGACAGAGACCUGGAUGGCAAGUCACACAAACCACUGCCCCUCGGCGUGGAGAACGACCGAGUCUUCAACGACCUGUGGGGGAAGGGCAAUGUGCCCGUCGUCCUCAACAACCCAUAUUCAGAGAAGGAGCAGCCCCCUGCCUCGGGAAAACAGUCCCCCACAAAGAAUGGCAGCCCCUCCAAGUGCCCGCGCUUCCUCAAGGUCAAGAACUGGGAGACGGACGUGGUUCUCACUGACACCCUCCACCUCAAGAGCACGUUGGAAACGGGAUGCACCGAGCACAUCUGUAUGGGCUCCAUCAUGCUCCCUUCUCAGCACAUACGAAGGCCCGAGGACGUCCGCACAAAGCAACAGCUCUUCCCUCUCGCCAAAGAAUUUAUUGAUCAGUACUACUCCUCAAUUAAAAGAUCUGGCUCCAAAGCCCACAUGGAGCGGCUGGAAGAGGUGAACAAAGAGAUCGAAACCACCAGCACCUACCAGCUCAGAGACACGGAGCUCAUCUACGGGGCGAAGCACGCCUGGCGGAACGCCUCCCGCUGCGUCGGCAGGAUCCAGUGGUCCAAGCUGCAGGUGUUCGAUGCCCGCGACUGCACCACGGCUCAUGGGAUGUUCAACUACAUCUGUAAUCAUAUCAAGUAUGCCACCAACAAAGGGAACCUCAGGUCUGCCAUCACCAUAUUUCCCCAGAGGACUGACGGCAAGCACGACUUCCGAGUCUGGAACUCCCAGCUCAUCCGCUAUGCCGGCUACAAGCAGCCCGACGGCUCCAUCCUCGGGGAUCCAGCCAAUGUGGAGUUCACAGAGAUCUGCACACAGCAGGGCUGGAAACCCCCCAGAGGCCGCUUCGACGUCCUGCCACUCCUGCUCCAGGCCAACGGCAACGACCCCGAGCUCUUCCAGAUCCCUCCAGAGCUGGUGCUGGAAGUGCCCAUCAGACACCCCAAGUUUGAGUGGUUCAAGGACCUGGGACUGAAGUGGUACGGCCUGCCCGCUGUGUCCAACAUGCUUCUGGAGAUUGGCGGCCUGGAGUUCAGUGCCUGUCCCUUCAGCGGCUGGUACAUGGGCACGGAGAUUGGCGUCCGUGACUACUGUGACAACUCACGAUACAACAUCCUGGAGGAAGUGGCCAAGAAGAUGAACCUGGACCUGAGGAAGACGUCCUCCCUGUGGAAGGACCAGGCGCUGGUGGAGAUCAACAUUGCCGUUCUCUACAGCUUCCAGAGUGACAAAGUGACCAUCGUUGACCACCACUCUGCCACUGAGUCCUUCAUCAAGCACAUGGAGAAUGAAUACCGCUGCCGGGGGGGCUGCCCCGCUGACUGGGUGUGGAUUGUGCCCCCCAUGUCUGGAAGCAUCACCCCUGUCUUCCACCAGGAGAUGCUCAACUACCGGCUCACCCCCUCCUUCGAAUACCAGCCUGAUCCUUGGAACACCCAUGUCUGGAAGGGUACCAACGGGACCCCCACAAAGCGGCGAGCCAUCGGCUUCAAGAAGCUGGCAGAAGCCGUCAAGUUCUCGGCCAAGCUGAUGGGGCAGGCAAUGGCCAAAAGGGUCAAGGCGACCAUCCUUUACGCCACAGAGACGGGCAAGUCGCAGGCCUACGCCAAAACCUUGUGUGAGAUCUUCAAACACGCCUUUGAUGCCAAGGUGAUGUCCAUGGAAGAAUAUGACAUUGUGCACCUGGAACAUGAAACUCUGGUCCUGGUGGUUACCAGCACCUUCGGCAAUGGAGACCCCCCUGAGAACGGAGAGAAAUUCGGCUGUGCUUUGAUGGAAAUGAGACACCCCAACUCUGUGCACGAGGAAAGGAAGUACCCGGAACCCUUGCGUUUCUUUCCCCGUAAAGGGCCUCCCCUCCCCCGAGGUGACACAGAAGUCCAUGGUCUGGCUGCAGCCCGUGACAGCCAGCGCAGGAGCUACAAGGUCCGAUUCAACAGUGUUUCCUCCUAUUCCGACUCCCGCAAAUCAUCGGGCGAUGGGCCAGACCUCAGAGACAACUUUGAGAGUACCGGGCCCCUGGCGAAUGUGAGGUUCUCAGUGUUCGGCCUUGGCUCGCGGGCCUACCCUCACUUCUGCGCCUUUGGACACGCCGUGGACACCCUCCUGGAAGAGCUGGGAGGAGAGAGGAUCCUGAAGAUGAGGGAAGGCGACGAGCUCUGUGGGCAGGAAGAAGCUUUCAGGACCUGGGCCAAGAAGGUCUUUAAGGCGGCCUGCGAUGUGUUCUGCGUGGGAGACGAUGUCAACAUUGAGAAGGCAAACAACUCCCUCAUCAGCAAUGACCGCAGCUGGAAGAGGAACAAGUUCCGCCUCACCUAUGUGGCUGAAGCUCCGGAACUCACACAAGGUCUAUCCAAUGUCCACAAAAAGCGGGUCUCAGCCGCUCGACUCCUCAGCCGCCAAAACCUUCAGAGUCCUAAAUCCAGCCGAUCAACCAUCUUCGUGCGUCUCCACACCAAUGGGAAUCAGGAGCUGCAGUACCAGCCCGGGGACCACCUGGGCGUCUUCCCCGGCAACCACGAGGACCUCGUGAACGCCCUGAUCGAGCGGCUGGAGGACGCACCCCCUGUCAACCAGCUGGUCAAAGUGGAGCUCCUGGAGGAGCGGAACACGGCUUUGGGAGUGAUCAGUAACUGGACGGACGAGCACCGCCUCCCGCCCUGCACCAUCUUCCAGGCCUUCAAGUACUACCUGGAUAUCACCACACCCCCAACGCCGCUCCAGCUGCAGCAGUUCGCCUCCCUGGCCACGAGCGAGAAAGAGAAGCAGCGUCUGCUGGUCCUCAGCAAGGGUUUGCAGGAAUACGAGGAAUGGAAAUGGGGCAAGAACCCCACCAUCGUGGAGGUGCUGGAGGAGUUCCCGUCCAUCCAGAUGCCCGCCACCCUGCUCCUCACCCAGCUGUCUCUCCUGCAACCUCGUUACUAUUCCAUCAGUUCUUCCCCAGACAUGUACCCGGAUGAGGUGCACCUCACCGUGGCCGUCGUCUCCUACCGCACGCGAGAUGGAGAAGGGCCAAUUCACCACGGCGUGUGCUCCUCCUGGCUCAACCGGAUACAGGCUGACGAAGGGGUCCCCUGUUUCGUGAGAGGCGCGCCCAGCUUCCGCCUGCCCCGAAAUCCCCUGGUGCCAUGCAUUCUGGUUGGCCCGGGCACUGGCAUUGCCCCUUUCCGAAGCUUCUGGCAGCAGCGGCAGUUUGAUAUCCAACACAAAGGAAUGAGUCCCUGCCCCAUGGUCCUGGUCUUCGGGUGCCGGCAGUCCAAGAUAGACCACAUCUACAAGGAGGAGACCCUACAGGCCAAGAGCAAGGGGGUCUUCAGAGAACUGUACACGGCCUACUCCCGGGAGCCAGACAAACCAAAGAAGUACGUGCAGGACGUCCUGCAGGAGCAGCUGGCGGAAACCGUGUACCGAGCCCUGAAGGAGCAAGGAGGCCACAUUUACGUCUGUGGGGACGUCACGAUGGCCGCCGAUGUCCUCAAAGCCAUCCAGCGCAUCAUGACCCAGCAGGGGAAACUCUCGGUGGAGGACGCCGGCGUGUUCAUCAGCAGGCUGAGGGAUGACAACCGGUAUCAUGAGGAUAUUUUCGGGGUCACCCUGCGAACGUACGAAGUGACCAACCGCCUUAGAUCUGAAUCCAUUGCCUUCAUCGAGGAGAGCAAAAAAGACACGGACGAGGUUUUCAGCUCCUAACUGGAUCCUCUUGCCCAGAUGGAUGGCAGGGGCCGUCCCAUGCACCGGGCGGGGCGGCUGCAGGUUUCAUCGGCGUGGACACUGCUGAACCUUUUCCUACGGGACCCCCGUGGCCCCGCUCUGCCUCUCGUCCUGUCCCCGUGUCCUUUUCUCCUCUUCUGGGUUCUCGCCCCUCAGUGGUUCCUGUGGCCCUUGGGCUUUCUCCUGGCAUUUUCCCGCUGCAGUGCAAGGCCUUUGUGAUCCGCAGUGGCUCUUACACAACCGUUCCCCCCUUCCUGCCAAGGGCAAGCCACUGGUGCAUGAAACCACUGUUACACGGCCGUCGCUUG